UCAACUACCAACACAACAGGUCAACCCAUAUGAUCCUGGUAUUUGCACAAAAAAGAAACGAGGAAAGUUUGUGGUUGUGAAAGAUUACAAUGAUGAUGAUAAAAUCCUGGCUUGUGUUCAACACGAUGGAAAAUAUCAGUGGGAAAUGAUCAAUGGUCAUUCGUAAGGCAAUUAUUUUGAUCCAGCGAAGGAUUGUUCUGAUGUUAUCGACAAUGUUCCAAAAGCGGAAAGUGGAGUUUAUUGGAUUCAGACACGAAAUGGUCCACAAAAGUCAUGGUGCGAUGUUGAAACAGACGGUGGGGGGUUCCUGUUGAUUGGCGUCAAAGACACGCCAGAAACCUGGGCCAUUCCUUCAAAAGCGUCUUUCAUCCACCCCCACGGUAAGCCAAUGUGGUCAAGUGCAUUUGGAGAUCAAGAAAUCUUGGAUUUUCGAGUUCAGAUUUCCACAACUAAAAAUUUUCGUGAUACACGUGCACAUUGGUAUUAUCGUUUCAAAUCUCCUCGUCUUCUUUCAAAACUUCUCAUGUCCAACAAAGGAGGAUGCAGUCAUCGAUAUCCAGGCAUUGGUGAUAUUGCCUACGUUAAAGAUCUCAUGACUGGAAAGAUAGCGACAAGAAAAUUCAAAUGUUCGCGAUUUGGGGCUGAUAUAUCAACAGGACUGGGAUGGGAUAAAAUGAACAAAUGUUUUAAAAAAGCCUGCCCAAAAGGAUUUGCCUAUCUUUUUAACUUUCAUAUCGACAGAUCAGGUUCAUACAGUUACAGUGUUGUGUCGGAACGUUCCGGGAUUCAAGACAAUCAAACAUCAUUUAUUGGUUGUGAUCACGGAAAGUGUUGUGCUUGUUUUGGUCCUGACAGUAAGAAGGAUUACUGCGCUCCAAGAUGUCAAGAAAUCAAUGGUGGAACGGUUUUGAAGAAAGAGGACAAUAUCACAGUUUGGUUUUGGAUUCGUUCAUCUUUACCAAAACGUGUUUGGAAAAAAUGCAUGGAGUUUAAAGAAAGAAACAAUGCAGGGAAAUUGAAAACAUGGCGUGUGGAAGGUGGAGUAAAGAGAGAGGGUCCGUGUUCGCAUGAUGAAGAUGCCACAAUCAAUGAUGGGGUUGCAGUGGUUCCUGAUGAUCGAGCAAUGAAUAAACUCCCAAAAAUAGAAGGUCUUCUCUCCUAUAGCUCUGACGACAGAAAAAUUUACCUCAAAGGAAAAUCUCAGUGGAAAGCUUUGGCAACUCAGCAGGAUGUAAGAUUUGUCGAAACAUAA